GGAAGAUGGCGACGGACGGAGCGAGCGGGGAGGCCGGCUCCAGCGGCCGGGGGGCUCCGACGGCAGCGAAAAGAGAGUUUGAUGUGGACAGUCUUAGCAAACCAGAACUGAGGAUGCUCCUAAGUGUUCUUGAAGGAGAGCUGGAAGCCAGAGAUCUUGUGAUUGAAGCUUUAAAGGCACGGAGGAAGGAGGUUUUUAUCCAGGAACGGUAUGGGAGAUUUAAUCUUAGUGACCCGUUUCUGGCUCUACAGCGAGACUAUGAGGCAGGUGCUGGUGAGAAAGACAAGAAGUCCGUCUGUACCAACCCACUCUCCGUCUUAGAGGCUGUUAUGGCUCACUGCAGAAAAAUUCAAGAAAGAAUGGCCGCUCAGCUGGUUGCAGCAGAAAACAGACAAAAGAAGUUGGAAAUGGAGAAAUCCCAGUUGCAGGCGCUUGAAAUGGAACAUAAGAAACUAUGCACACGACUUGAGGAGGAGCGUGGCAAGAAUAAACAUGUAGUCUUGAUGCUGGUGAAAGAAUGUAAACAGUUAUCCAGCAAGAUAGUAGAGGAGGCCCAGAAACUGGAAGAUGUCAUGGCAAAAUUCGAGGAGGAAAAACAGAAAGCCAGCGAGCUGGAGGAGUCUCUCGCAGCCGAGAAGCAACGGAGCACGCAAAUGGAAGCCCAGAUGGAAAAACAGCUUUCAGAGUUUGACACGGAAAGGGAGCAACUGCACGCCAGACUUAGCCGGGAGGAAGCACACACCAGUGAUCUCAAAGAAGAGAGGGAACGAAUGAGAAAAAUGAUCGAGCAGUUGAAAAAGGAAAACAAUAGUAAGCUACACCUUUCCCUCCCACGUAGGAGUAAAGAGAGAGGUUCGGUGUCUGUCUCUGUUGGGACAGAAGGGCCAGCUUUGAGGACACUUGCCUGCCAGACAGAUGCAGUAUUAUUAGAUGGUGGUAGUGAAAAUGUGAGGAAGUUGCCUUUGACUGUACCUGUAAAGCCUUCGCUCUCUGGCCACACGAAGAAGAAUGCUGGAUUUGUGAAACCAGUCAUGGACAGACAUUCUUCCUGUAGCGACCUUCUUCUGUCCCCUUCGACUUCCGUUCCGACUCCCAGUCAAAACAGAAUUGAAGAGAAUGGACCAAGUACAUCACCAGACUUAACAAAUAUACCUUCCCCUUUUCCAAAUAAUGUUGCAUCCUCUCCAGCACCUCAGAACUACUUGCAGGCUUCAUCUGUGCACUCUUUGCAUUCUCCAUCUGCCACAGCUGCUGGGCAUCAAGGUCUGAAUCCACGUGUCCAGGCAGCUAGGUUUAGAUUUCAAACCAACACUAAUGACCCAGACCAAAAUGGAAACACUGCCCAAAGCCCUCCAUCAAGAGAUGUAUCACCCACGAGUCGAGACAACUUAGUUGCCAAGCAGCUAGCUCGGAAUACUGUCACCCAAGUCCUUUCAAGAUUUACAAGUCCUCAGGGUACUGCUACUGGACGGCCAGGAAUGUCCCAUUCGAUAGAUGCUGGAACUUAUCCUCCCCCAGUUGGUAGAAUGAGUUUAAAGACUCCCAAUGUGUCAAGAAUUGACAGAGGAAACCCUCCACCCAUUCCUCCUAAAAAGCCAGGCCUUUCACAAACUCCUUCACCACCACAUCCACAGCUUAAAGUGAUUAUGGAUAGUGGUCGAUCCCCUAAUAUAGGUGCCAAAACAGAGAGCAAAACCCUAGUUUCACCUCCUUCCAGUACACCUCAAGGAAUCAGGGUAAUAAAUGAGGAAGCUGUAUCUAAGUCCUCACCUCAGCUGCCACCCAAACCAACAAUAGAUAUAUCUGUGGCAUCUGCAGGCUGUGCCAUACCAGCCAUGGCCACGUCUCAGGUGGGUGCCUGGCCUUCUCAAUCCCCUGGACUGAACCAACCUGCAUGUUCAGAAAGUUCCUUUGUCAUUCCCACCACCAUUGCCUGUAGUUCCUCCAUAAACCUUGUUAGUGCUUCAUCCUAUAGACCAUGUGAUUCAGACAGUCUACUGGUAACAGCAUCAGGCUGGUCUCCCUCCCUAACCCCUUUAUUAAUGAGUGGUGGUCCUGUCCCCCUGGGUGGCAGGCCCACCCUUCUUCACCAAGCUGCUGCCCAGGGAAAUGUCACUUUAUUGUCAAUGCUGCUUAAUGAAGAAGGUCUGGACAUUAAUGACUCCUAUGAAGAUGGCUAUUCUGCCUUGUAUUCUGCUGUUAUGAAUGGACAUACAGAUUGUGUAAGAUUGCUGCUGACUUCAGAAGCACAAGUUGAUCCUGUUGAUAAAAAUGGCUUUACACCCUUGUGUUCAGCAGUUGCUCAGGGACAUUGCAAAUGUGCAGAAUUAUUAAUCAUGUAUCAUGCCAACGUUAAUCAUGCUGCUGAAAGGGGAGAGACACCUCUGUACUUGGCCUGUGGAAAUGGAAAUGAUGAAUGUGUCAAACUCUUGCUGGAGGCUGGAGCCAACAGAAAUGCAAAAACCUGUGAUGGCUGGACACCAAUUCAUGCAGCUGUAGGUGCCGGUCACGUUGACUGCUUAAGACUUCUUAUGUACUACAGAACACAAGGAACUGGAAACGUUUUGAAUGAAGCAGAUGCUGAUUCCUGCAUCUUUGACUUGGAGUGUGAAGAAGACAGCCUGAGCCAUACUGCGACCCCUGUUGUUUCUGCGGAUCUCAUCAACCACGCUGACAAAGAAGGCUGGACUGCUGCCCAUAUAGCGGCGUCGAAAGGUUUCAAGAGCUGCCUGGAAGUCUUGUGUAGCCAUGGCGGACUAGAAGCUGAGAGGAAAGAUAAAUGCAACAGAACGCUGCGUGAUGUGGCCACUGAUGACUGCAAACAUCUCCUGGAGAAUCUGAAUGCUCUCAAGAUCCCUUUGCAGAUUGCAGUUGGCCAGGUAGAGCCAGCCUACUGUGGCAUGGAGGACCUAGAAAUGGAAAACCCCAUAUGCAUGCUAAAUAUCCGCAAGCAGACAACAUGGGAUGAGUUUUCAAAAUCAGUGAGCCAGGCAGCAACGAACCAUUUCCAAGCAGUUGCCUCUGAUGGGUGGAGGAACUUGGAAGACCUGAAGCUUAACAACACUAUGGAAUCCAACAUUGGCCUCACUGCGAGCAGUAUAUCAUCUAUCAAACUUGGCAAUGUUUCAUGGUCAACAGGUCAGACAUUUCCCCAGCCACCUUGGGAGUUUUUGAAAAGGAACCAGGUGGAAUAUAUAGUCAUAUUUUUGCUGGGUCCUCAAGAAGGCUGCCUGCACAGUGUGGCUUAUGCCUCAAUGAUCCGCCUUCAGACUCUGCAGAAUUACUUGAGACUGGUGGAACAGUACCGUAAUGUUAUCUUCCAUGGUCCAGAAGGAAGCUUGCAGGAUUAUAUAGCCUACCAGAUAGCACUCUGCAUGAAGCACAAGCAACUGGCUUCAGGGUUCAGCUGUGAAAUAGUCAGAGUGAAGAUAGAUGCUGACUUCUCCAAGGAGCAACUUGCAGAAUUUUUCAUCAGUAGUGCUUGCCUGAUCCCAGUGAAACAGCCUUCUGUAAGCAAGAGAAUCAUUGUAAUUUUGGAGAAUUUGGAAAAGGCUUCCUUGUCAGAAUUACUGGGGGAAUUUCUGCAACCUCUUGAAAACCGCGGCACUGAUAACCCCUGUACUUUAAAGAAAGCCAAUGGAUUGUCUGAUGCAUAUUACUUUCAUGAGAAUUGCUUUCUUAUGGGGACCAUUGCAAAAUCUCGGCUUCAAGGCUCUGACCUGGUAGUCCAGCAACAUUUCCUGUGGGUCCAGCUCCGAUGCGAUGGAGAGCCAAUCCAUGGCCUUCUCCAAAGGUUCCUGCAGAGGAAGGUUUUAAGCAAGUUCAGAGGUAAAAUGCCUCCUCCAUGUGAUCCUGUGUACAAGAUGGUAGAGUGGAUACUUGCAGUCUGGCACCAGCUGAAUUCAUGCUUGUCACGCCUGGGCGCACCUGAAGCACUUAUUGGGCCAAAACAUUUCUUUUCUUGUCCGGUGGUACCUGGUCACAACCAUACCACAGUGAAGUGGAUGUCCAAAUUAUGGAACACUGUCAUUGCACCCCGAGUUCAAGAAGCAAUUCUCUCCAGAGCUUCUCUGAAAAGACCAACUGGACUGGGGCAGGCAGCAGUCAAGAAAAGUCCAAGCCAAGGGCAGCAGGCUGUGGUGAAAGCCGCUCUCAGCAUCUUGUUAAACAAGGCUGUUCUGCAUGGCUGUCCUCUUCCCAGAGGAGAACUGGAUAAGUACAUUGCUGAUUUUAAAGGAGGAAAUUUCCCUCUUUCCGUGGUAUCAAGCUACAAAAAUUGCUCCAAGAAAAAGGGGGAAAGCACUGCUUGGAGAAAAGUGAGCACAAGUCCUCGUAAGAAGUCAGUCCACUCUUCAGCCCAGUCGUGGAGUAAGAAAGAUGAAAAUGUAGAAGGAGUAAAGUCAAAGAACAUAUUCCAGCAAAAUGGCAACAAAAUGGCCUCUCUGACAAAAAAUUGUCUGGAGGAUGACCCACUAAGCAUAGAUCAGAGGCUGUCCCUUGGUUCUGACGAUGAAGUCGACCUAGUACAGGAGCUUCAGAGUAUGUGUUCAAGCAAAUCCGAGUCUGACAUAAGCAAGAUUGUCAGUUCAAAAGACGAGCUGAUGAUGAUGAUCAGUAAUUCUCAGAAGGAUCCUGUGUUUUCAGCCAACAUCAUCAGUGCAAAUACAUCAGCACCCCAGCAGGAUGGAAAUCCCAGGAUCCACCCUCUCAGCAGCAGUCAACCUGUGGAAUGCAGCAACAGUAAACCAAAAACUGAAUCUUUCAAAAGUGGCGGUUCGAGAGUGAGAUCUUUUCUUCCUGUACCCAGAAAUAAAGUCAGCCUGUCUUCUCAGAGCACUAAGCAUAGCAGCAGCAGCAAUACAAGGCAAAUAGAGGCAGUGAGUGACUCUAAAGAAAUUUGGAACAUGCACAAAAAAAUACAACUUGAAAAAUAUGAAUAAAUGUACCUGCCUCCUAUUCAUUUUUUUUUAAUCCUUUCUCAUCCUUUCUGUAAUUUCUGUUACCUUGGAGAACAAAUUCAUUCUCAUGUGUAAAUAAUUUUUCAUUUGUUUUCCUCAUUUAAAAUGGUGUAUAUGGGACCACAGUUUAAUUUCUAUGUAAAUAUAAGCUGUUUAUAAUGAAAAUAUUAGAUUAUAUCAAAUUGAUCCCUUGGUAGUAGAAAGUGCUAGCUUCUUAAAUGAUUUUCUAAUCCAAAACAUUCUGUUGUUUAAUUAUAUUCAGGGGCAUCACCACAAAAAGCGUGGGGAUAUGUGUGCACAUAUGCGCACCUGUAAAUACAAUAUAAA